CCAAGCCCCCGGGGCCACUGGCGCUAGCCGCAGCUCGCCCCUUCCGGCUCCUCCCUGUUGUGCGUGCAGCGCGUGGGCCUAAACGCCCGGAGCCAGCGCGCUGAGGACCAUGUUGCUUCCGAACAUCCUGCUCACCGGCACACCAGGGGUUGGAAAAACCACGCUAGGCAAAGAACUUGCAUCAAGAUCAGGACUGAAAUACAUUAAUGUGGGUGAUUUAGCUCGAGAAGGGCAGUUAUAUGACGGCUAUGAUGAAGAGUAUGACUGCCCCAUUUUAGAUGAAGACAGAGUAGUUGAUGAAUUAGAAAACCAAAUGAGCGAAGGUGGAGUUAUUGUUGAUUACCAUGGUUGUGAUUUCUUCCCUGAACGCUGGUUUCAUAUAGUUUUUGUGCUGCAAGCAGAUAACAGUGUAUUGUACAAAAGACUUGAAACAAGGGGUUAUAAUGAAAAGAAACUAAAAGACAAUAUUCAGUGUGAAAUUUUUCAAGUUCUUUAUGAAGAAGCAUUAGCAUCCUACAAGGAAGAAAUAGUACAUCAGCUGCCCAGCAAUAAACCAGAAGAUCUAGAGGAUAAUAUCAAUCAGAUACUGAAGUGGAUUGAGCAGUGGAUCAAGGAUCAUAGCUCCUGACUUACAAGACUGGCCACUUUACCACCACUCGUUACAUCCCUGCCAUAAUGAUAAAUUGUCCAGUUAUCAGGAAAACUUUUUUUAUUAAGAUUGUGCUGCAGGACUAGUAGAUGGAUAGGCUAAAGGUUUAUGUUUGGGCGUUUUUUCUCCAUGAGAAAGCAAAACACUCUCAAGUAUAGUGUAUAUAAUAUCAUUAAGGAUUUAGAGUAAAAAUUGUCAUCUUAACUGCUUCAACUGCUAAAGAAUCAAUAAAUCUGACCAAAUGGG